AUGACUGACAUCCAUGGCAUCACACCCCUGAUGUACGCUGCUGCGGUAAACCAGGAUGAAUCCGUCACCCUUUUGAUUGAAGCUGGGGCCUGCAUCAACGCAGGUGAUAACAAGUAUGGGCGUACUUUUCUACACUACGCCGCCGUGCGUGGACAUUGGAAGUUGAUCUUCAGGUUCCUAGUUCGCCUGGAAGGCUUUGCCGACAAUUGGAUUGUGGAGGGCUGGGCCGAAAGCGCUGUCUUGUUGUAUCACGUCGAAUAUCCCAACCUUGGCAAUCUUGAAAUGCGCGAGGUUUUUCUCGGGCAGCUCUUGAUGAAGUGUCGUACAGCCAACUUGACCUUUGAUGAUGUGACUUCUGGCAUUAAAGACAAUUGUCUGCUACAUUACAACACCGGAAUCACGGACUUCGAGGCUUUGAUGGAGCAAGGGUUCAGGCUAUUCAACCAUAUGAAUAGCAAAGGCCAAACCCCUCUGAUGGUAGCCGCUGAAUUGGGCGAACCUGAUCUGGUCAGAAAGCUUGUUGAAGUCGGAGCUGACGUCAAUCUCAAAGACUUGCAUCAUAGAACAGCUCUACACUUCGCUCUUGGUAGAAUGGAGAAGAGCCGAGGCUACGGCUUCUGGAUUGCUAUGGAGACUUUGCGGAUACUGCUGGCCGGAGGCGCGAAUGUCUUCACUAUAGAUGGCUGCAGAUGCCCCUGUUCAUCCUUUGGCCGUCUCUCGGUUAUUGACUUGCUGAAUUCUUCCAGACAUUGGUGGCAAGAGAUAUGGGAGAAGCCUCCAAUCGCGGCGAUGGAGCUUCUGUGCCUCACAGUGGAAUAUAGAGGAGCACAAGAAGGAAAAGACUUGCUGCUUUCUUUCAUUCGGUGGGAGAAGCAUGAGGAGCUUGGAAUGUCCCAUCUUUGCUUCCAGCGUCAUUCAGCGGAUGGCCUCUAUGGCUUUGUUGCUUCAUCUCGUCCACUCUGCCUGCAGGCUGAAGAAGUCGACGACAUACUCGACGAAGAGUCAGAGUUUCUUGCCAUUUUGGAAACUGAGAUGGAAGAAUCAAGUGCCAAGGACUUUGAGCACCUACUUAAGGACUGGCUCAAGCAGAUGAAGAGCAGACUUGAUAAAGAGGUUGAGGAAAAAAGCAGAUCAGAUGCGAAAUGUGUGAAAGGGCAGGCGGAAGUCAAGCAUGGCUACCAGGUGGAUUAUAAACGCGAUUGCUUCUACCACAACUUGGUCGUAGACGUAGACUGGCCAGAUCCUACACGAGCAAUCAGAUCUUCUCUGGCUAUGUACAUCGCUUGGAUCGAGCAUGAAUACGAUCAUGGGGCCACUGCACGCUUGGCUGGACCAUUCCACAAGGACUGGUACUCUACUAGGACCUCAAUGGUUCACAAGUUUAUCGAAGUCUUCUGCAUACCGACAGCAGAGAUUGCACACGCUUUGAAGCGCUCGGAUGCGACUAUCGAGGAAGAACGGAUCAUGUGCGUCCCUCAACUAUCGCCACUCCGCUGUGGCUUAAAUAAAAUACCCUACAUCGGCCAGUCGUCCAGCGUUCAACCCUCCCUCGGUCCUACCCCAGCAGUCAUUAAUAAUCUGAGCGAAUUUUACGAUGGCGAGUUGGUUGGAAGUCAGAACGCGAGCGGCGGCACCAUCGCCAGCCGGCCCAGAAAGUCGCCUGCAUCCGGAAAGGCCGAUGCGGUCCUAUCGCCAGUGAUCUGCAAGUUCUUUGCAAAGGGCUUCUGCUCCAGAGGCGAUGAAUGCGCCUUCCCUCACAUCUAUCAAACCGUGCCGUCUGGCCCAUCUCACGAGUCUGCGCUGAGAGGCGUGGAGCCCACUGGAUCAGUAGCGGAAGACUCCCGCUCCAAGAUCCCCUGCGUCUUCUUUGCAAAGGGAAAUUGUAGAAGUGGCGUCAAGUGCGCAUUUUCUCACGAUAAUGUCCCAAGAGAAGCAGCAUCAGCAGCAAGUGAAGUUGCGCUGCCCGAACCGCAAGAGAAGUGCACACGUGAGCUACUAGGUGCCUGGGUAAACUUUGGCCCAGGCGCAUCUGUCGAGAAGCUAUCGCUCUUCUCCGACUUUUCUUCCGCCAGCAUUCUCAACCUACCCGCUCAAAGCGAUGUUGCAGCAGUAUCACGACUCCUGAGUCGAUCGGGGUUCGACAUUCCAAGUCUCGCCAUUCGCGCAAGACCUCAAGGCAUAGGGGGCUUGAUGUGUGCUAUCAUCCGGGCAGAAGACCCUGACUUUGCACAAUCACUCUACGAAAAGUUCAAGAAUCCUAAGAUCCAAGAAAUAUCCGGAAUACCAGGAUUGAAGGUCGAAGUGCACAAGCCUCUCAACCUUUAUACAAACAAGGGGUUCACCCACAGGGUAAAUCGCAAGAAAGUCAUCUGCUCCUGGCACAAACCAAAGCAACUGGCUUGCUUGACCUUUGGUUCCGAGUCUGCAGAGAGUGAAGUCCGCAGUAAAUUUGGAAUUGGAAUAUUUACUGUGCUGGGAGCGAAGGUUUCUUGUGCACCAAGGUCGAACGCGCUACAUCACCGACAGGGGAGCAACUUGGGAAUGCCAUAUUCAGCCAAUUCGUCACCGAAGUUGAGACUAUACGUUCCACCACAAGCUACGAAGGACGACAUUCUCAGCAUGAUUCCUCAGAGACAGCGACCCACAAGUGUAAAACUUGAGGGACUGCAGGACCUGGACAAUACCAAGAGUGAGGUCGACUUGGUUGAAGCUCUACUCGUGGGCAUUGGACCAUUGGAGACGAGACUCAAGGCGGAUGCAGACACCGUUGGCAAACGAGUCAAGGCGAUGGCUCGUUUCUCGGACGAGGCAGACGCUAUGACUGCGGUUAGGUUGCUUAAUUCUAAGCCCUUGCCAUUCAACAAGGACGACAGACUCAGCAUCAGUAGAGUUCAUUCUGCAACCUACAAGAUCGCGGAUCAUAUCUUCAGCGCGGUUCUUCUAGACUUCGAGAAAGCUGCUCAGACUUUCCGCUCGAUAAGAGUCAACUUUAAAAGAUUUCCACCGGCAAAUGGCUACGUCACACUGAGACUCGAGAGUGAAAGGGGAGUUGAUCUCGCGGCAGCUGAGACUCACACAGACAAGCUACUCGAAGGACGCUUAGUAUACGAUGCUGGAGGUAAGAAGCCCCUCUGGAGUCCAUCUUUCAAUAAUAAAUCACUGGCGAAUCGACGGCUUCGACCCAUCGAGGGACAGCAUAAAGUGGCGUUUCAGUGCGCUCCGUCCAAAGCCGAGAUCCACGUCUUCGGCUCACCCGAAGCCUCGCAGAGAGCUUGCGAUGCAUUGCUACAGUCUUUCAGCGACAACCCUUCCACAAUCCACUAUGUACCGUUGACCUCUGAGAGUCUGCACUGGGCCAUCAGGGGAGGAUUCAAGGCUAUCUGCGAAAUCCUGGGUGAGGAAGCUGUAUCCCUCAACAUUCUUGAGACACCCAAAAGGUUGGAGAUCAUCGGUCCGCGAGCUUCUUUUGACACGGCUAUGGAUAUCUUGGCCAAAGGACGUUUACCUCAGGAGCAUGAGACAACCGCAGUAGCAGAGGAAUGCUGUCCGGUUUGUUGGACAACGGCUGAGACCCCACUGAAAGUCAAAUGUGGACAUGUGUACUGCCGUGACUGUUUCGAAAACUUCUGUCAAUCGACCGUUGGUAACGGAGAAUCGGGCAUCCGCUGUCUGGCCGACGAGGGCGCUUGUAAUGCCUUGUUCUCACUCCAGGAGCUUCAAGACUCCCUGUCAUCGGUCACCUUCGAAGAGCUUCUUGCUUCCGCGGUGACGAGUCAUGUCAAAAGUCGCCCGGAUGAGUUUCGCUGGUGUCCAACCCCAGACUGCCAAGCCAUAUACAGACCGACAUUGCAAGGACCGUCAAAAGUCUUCAGCUGCCGAGGGUGCUCAAAGACCAUUUGCGCAUCAUGUAACGUCGACCACCGCGGCAAGACCUGUGCCGAACACAAAUACGUCACAUCAGGAGCAGCGGCAGAUGCUGAUAGGAAGUUCGACAAACUCAAGAAGAAGCUAGGAAUAAAAGAUUGUCCUAGAUGCAAAACUUCGAUUCAAAAGUCGGACGGCUGCAACCACAUGACUUGCGGCGCUUGCAAAGCACACAUCUGCUGGGUUUGUCUGGAAGCUUUCAAUGAUUCGAAGCCUUGCUAUGAUCACAUGAACAAAGCACAUGGAGGAAUCUUCCCAGAUGAUGCGCUAUACGAAACAUGA